CGGUGGGGCGGGGAAGUUUCUGGCACCUUCUGGCGGUGGCGGCGGAAGCAGCGGGGGGAGCGGCGGAGGCGGCGCCGCGGCAGCGCCAUGGCCAAGUGGGGCCAGGGGGACCCGCGCUGGAUCGUGGAGGAGCGGGCGGACGCCACCAACGUGAACAACUGGCACUGGACGGAGCGGGACGCGACCAGCUGGUCCAAGAGGAAGCUGAAGGAGGUGCUGGAGGGGCUGGUGGUGGAGGGCGAGGCCGGGCGCUGCGAGAUCGGCGACCUCAAACACGUGGAGGGCGAAGCGUCCUGCAACAGCCGCAAGGGGAAACUCAUCUUCUUCUACGAGUGGAACCUGCGCCUCAGCUGGAAAGGUACAGUGAAAGAGUCUGGUGAGAAACAUAAGGGAUCUGUUGAAAUUCCUAACCUGUCAGAAGAAAAUGAGGUAGAUGAUACAGAGAUAAAUGUUAGCAAGAAGAAAGGGGAAGGUGAUGUUCUGAAGGAACUGAUGAGAACUGAAGGAACCACCAAAGUCAGAGAGGCCCUGAGGGACUACCUGAAAGCACUUAAAACAGAGUUCACCUUGGGAAUGAUUCUGCCAACAAAAGCUGCUGUAGGUCAGGAACGGGCCACGGAGCGAAAACCAAGUGGGAGCCCUGUGCAGGACUCUGUUACACCACAGGCUCUGGAUAUGGUGGGAGUUAAAAUUCCAACAGUGAGGAUACAUAUGAGGGAAGUCUUCAACUCUCCAGCUGAUGAAGUUUACAGCAUCUUCACAAAGAAGGAAUUGGUGCAGAAGUUCUCCAAGUGCCCAGCUGUGAUUGAAGCAGAGAAAGGAGGCAAACUCCAAAUGUUUGACGGCUGUGUCAGUGGGGAAUACACAGAACUGGUGCCAAGCCAAAGACUUGUCCUGAAGUGGCGGUGCAGGAGCUGGCCUGAGGAACAUUAUGCAACUGUGGCCUUGACCUUCCAGGACCUGGCGGCUCAGUCGGAACUGGAGCUGGAAUGCAAAGGGGUCCCUGUCUCCCAUGAAGAGAGUACAAGACAAUGCUGGAAGAAGCAGUAUUUUGAAGAAAUACAUCUUUUACUGCAGCAAUCAAAAGACAGCAUGGAAUGAGAACAGCACUGUAGUUUUGUUAGGGCAUUACUUUUUAUACUUUGUUAACAUUUGGUUUUCUAAAAAAAGAAAAAAUAUAAUUUAUUUGUGGGAAGAAUAAAGACCCACUUCUGUGAGACUGUA